AUGUCUCAGAAACAUCUGGAAACGUCACGAAGCUCAAUCGAAUCUUGCACAUUACAGCUCCUCUCAUGGCGCCCAUUUCACCGCUCCAAAACCCUAGACUCACCCGAGCAGACGUCGUCACAGAGACCUUACGGCUCCAUUUCGACCAAACGCCCUUGCUUCUCCGAUCGCUCCACUUCUUUCUCCAUCGAAGCUAUGAGCCGUCUCUCUCUCGCCGACGAAGACAACAAUGGAGCGAAGUUAUCGGCUUCGAAUUACAGCAAUAAGGGGAGUUUCCGGUUAGUAGCGAGAAAGCGACGCCGUCGCAAUUCGAGAUCGGUGUCUGGUCGGAGUAGUGAUCGGAGUGGGACUCUGAGAUGCUGCUCGAUCGGAGCUCAUGGGACUUGCUCGGAUUUGCCUUUCGCCGUCGGUACAGAUUCGAGUGGUGAGCUGUUUAGCGAAGCGAAUUGGGCUUCCGAUGUGAGCGAGGCGAGGAAUUCGCGGAGAGAGCGGCGGGAUUCCGGCGGAGAGAAGGAAGCAGCUUCCGGAUUUGGAUUCGCCGUUGGAAUCGACCCGAUGGGAAAUGAAUCUGGGUAUGGUAGCGAACCUGGAUACAGAGGUGAUGCUGAGUUUGGUUAUGGUGAUGAAUUCGACGAUGAAGAAGAAGAUGUGAAGCCAUUGUUCUGGGGAGAUACAGAGUCAACAAUGGAGAUGUCUGGUGAUACGAAAUUCUCAGAGAGUAAACCUCAGUUCAGGUGCCGCCGCAGAAGACAACAUGACUUCAAAACUGUUGACUCCAUGAGAUAA